GAUAUAUUUGAGUUCGAACUUCGAUAGCAUUGCCGGAUAUGUAUCCGGAUACGCCUGUGGCAGUGCCAAGCCACUUAAUUCGACUGACGAGGGAUGAUGAUGAUCCGUGCCGUGGCCCGUACCCGCCCUGCCACCGCCAAGUUGGUCAGAGGCUUCUCGGCCGCUGCUCAGCCUGAGGACGAUUCCGCGCUCAUGCAGCAGAUCAAGGAAGAAACCUUGGCGCGUAGCCACUCCGUGUUGCCUCCUCAUGCGUCGGACGACCAGGCGCCGAGCCUCGUGGAACCCAUCCAGUACCCCGAGGAAUGCGCGCUGGUGAGCGGUGUGGGCGAAUGGACCAAAGGCCGCAAGGCAGUGUUGUACAAGCCUGCCCGUAACCAAAUGCAAAGCACGAAGGCGUUCACGCACCACUGGGAGCUGCGCUUCGGCACGAGUGCGAACUGGCAAAACCCUCUCAUGGGGUGGAACAGCGGCGCCGACCCCGUGGCGGACUUGGUGAUGAAGUUCGACACGAAGGAAGAUGCGUUCGCGGUGGCCAAGCGCCAAGGGUGGACGGUGGAAGUGUUCGAACCCAAGGAAGAAGAAGACUUUGAAGGCAAGAUCGCGUACUCGCACAACUUUUUGCCGCUGCAUGUCGAGAACCAGCUCAAGAAGUACGGCAAGAAGGCGACGCCCAUCUUCAAGCACCCCACCGGCGGCCACAGCCACUGGGUCAAGACCUUGAAGUACCAUGGCAACGGUGACGUGGCGCAGCACGGUGGCGAGGCCAAGGCGCAAUAAGUACUCAAAGUAGCACUUGAUAUAUUCCUCAAUUGCAAUAGUACCAAUGUUGAGUUCUUUUAGUUAGUGUCCA